AAUAGAUCAUAGCAGAAGGAGAAGUAGAACACGUACAAGGGCAAGUGCAAGUUAGUACUAGGUCUAGGACUACUCACUAUUGCAGUGUAAUAGUAACAAGAGCUUACAACUGCAACGCAAAAAGAUGGUCAACAGUCGCAAACUUCGCGCACUCGUCCUCGCCGGCUCAUUGGCCGAGGCCGAGCGAGUCCGUGCCAUGCAUGUUGAGGAUGAUGGAGCGGCAGCGCGUCCGCAUAAGCUCCAGCGCAAAAAAGGCGACCACCCAUCCAAAUCCAUCCAUCCAUCUGGUGGAGAUGACUCCGACGCGAAGAACGCUUUUUUAGAGGUGUCCCUGGACGUUAGUCUCCAGAAAAUCCGACAAAAAGGAGAAAAAAGGGCGGAGGAGACCGAGGUCGAGCAGUUAACAAUCACUUAAUUAAUUUGCACAUUGAUUUUGAUUUUGUCUUCAUAUUCUUUCGAUGCGAUUGGUUCGUCGUAUCAUGUUUUUUCUUUGAAUUCGAAAGAUGCGUCUGAUAUUGUCUGAGUUUUGACACGCUAGUCGACAAACUCUACCGCUUUCUACCUCCUCUCUCACUUCCUUGUACAGGAGAAAUCUCGUCAACAACAACAGGUGACACCGAUGGAGCGUUUGCUGAACGAUCUCCGCGAGACUCUAACGCAGAAGCGUCAAACGUUGGGCAGAAUGAUAGCGAUUGGAUCAACGGCAAGAGGCUCAAGGAUCUCAGUCAUGAGGCCAAGCAAAUCGCAGCCACUUGGCUCCGCUCACAUGGCCACUGGAUCAGAAUCACACCCAGGAGAAAGCCCACUCCGCUAAGAUCAUCAUCAGGGGGAUCAGGAUGGGAGUCGAAUGGCCCAAGGGGUCGGAAUCAAUACCGAGGCCCCUAGCGUAGCGAGUAGCCCGACACCCAUGAACCUGAAGAGGCACGCCCUGGAACUGCGUGAGAAUCGUCAAGCUGGACGGACUUGCCCCAGCCUUCGCAGGGAUAGCGAAGGGGAUGCUGGUCCUGUUAGCAAUGUCCACCGACUGAAUACCGACCAAACAUUUACACCACUAGAAUGAACACACUGGAAACCACUACCACACGCAUGCAAGCCAGGGAAAUUACUCGGGUCACUAUUACCAGCCUGCGGGUGAGAAAGAUGACACGGCUACCACUAGGAUACGCAUGAAGGUGGUGACAACUACUAGGAUGAUGAUUAUGAUGAAACUACUCGGGGAACCUGGGAACCGUUGGGACCUUGGUGCGGUUUGUCAUUCUGGUGGGGAUCUUCAUACCAUGGGAGGAACAUAUGAAGGACCAGGAACAUAGGCGGGAACGACUGAAAUCAGAACCAGCAACAUAGGGACUGGGGUGGGUCCUUAUGGUGAUUCGUCACAGACUCGAUCUGGGUCGUGGUUGGUCUUGAUCUUGCCUACAUUCCCCCUCCCAAAGUAAGGACCACGCCACCACACAAAACUACACGCGCCAAGUGUUACGCACGACUCUCGAUCACAACUUCGAGAAAGUGACAAAAUGCGCUCUGGCUACGGACCUCAGCUUUUCGUCGUCUUGCGCACGAAGCAAAUAGCUGUAGAUAUUUGACACUACUCAGACCUUUCGUGAGAGGGUCUGCUCGGUUCAAGUCCGUUGGACAAUAACGCAGGUUCUUGACAUGGUCGCGGACUGCGUGAUGCCGAAGAUCGACGUGCUUCGUUCGAUCGCUUCGUCGUUACUGUCGACUUACUGAGACCUAGAGCAGACUGACUAUCCACGAACACAAGCGGAACACCUCCUGAGCCUUCUGUCUCUAGAUACCAAUCAAGAAAGCCCCGGACCGUACACAUCUUGAUAGUGUCAUAUACAGCGACAUACUCAGCCUCGCAGGUGCCAUGUGCUCUGACUGUUUGUCGCUUGACGGACCACGCAGCGGGAACCCCGCGAAAGUACAAGAUGCUACCACGCACUGGUUGACUUCAGGGCUACUGUACAACCAGCAAAGUCAGAAUCGCUGGACGCAACUGACUUGCCUACCUCUUUACCAGCUUCUGCUGCUACCUUUCUGUAUACUUUUUUGAAACCAGUCUCGAUCUCGGGGGAGUAUUCGAGACCUACGUCUUUUGUACCUUUUAAGUAUUGAAGAAUGCGCUUUGCUCGCUUCUUCGUGUUCUCAGUGGGGUUAGCCACUUCACGGGCCACGCGUUGCGCUGCGAAUACUAUGCCCACUCUACACAGGGUUGCGAUAUACAUCAAACCUCCGACCAGACUACGCAGCGGGAAGUCGCCAGUCGUAGGGGUAUCGGAUUCAGGACUGUACAACACGGGCGAGGACACAGCUCGGCACUCGGUCAUGUCUGACACUGGUUGCGGCUCGACGCUGGUUGAUCUUGGUCUUGCCUACAGUUCCCGACUUGCCUCAUCGUCUGAGGGUCUAGGCUUCUAGGGUUUUCAGCGCUCUAACGUUCUGCGCCUUUCUUUAGGCCAUAAGCGCCAGGGAGUUAGUACAGGUGGCCGCUGUCUCUCUCAUCAGUUUGCGUGGCGGCCUGAACAGUUAGCGUCUUCGCUGACUUUUUGGGGCUUCGAAAUGAGCGCAGAAGAGGAAAGCGCGACACGCUUCGAGGAAUGCGCGGGCACAGUAGUUAGUAAAGCUUUGCCGCGCUUCGGGGGUGGGACUUGCGUCGGGUUUCUGCUCUGCUGGAAGAAGCAAGCACGGGCGCCCACCUGGAAAAGAAGAGAAAGGCCGAGAGUGAAGGUUCUCGCGCUCGGUGCAGUGCGUGUGUCGAGUAAGCUAGGCACCUGAAAAAGAUCAAGGGAGUAGCCUCGCCUGGGCGCUUUCUUGGGUGGCUCGCCGGCUUUUGCCGUGGCAGACAGAGGCGCGCGCCCCCUCCUCGGCGUGUCCCACCCUGCAGCUCUGGCUCCUUUGUGUCAAGACACAGCGCGCAGGCCAAUACGCCAGCACUCGGCGUUCGUGUUGCAUGCUGAUGGUGGGCUCUCAGCUUUCGGGCAUGGGCGCCGCCGGCUUUAUUGAAGGGAAAGAGGCCGCGGCGGCUGAACUUUUUCGGAAUAGAGAACGAAGGGAGCGAAAGGGGCCCGCGAGCUGUGUGGGGGUUGGUUCAGCGCCUUGCAGGACCUCAAAGGAGGCGAACAAGGGCGGGAAGCUGCUGCGCAUGCAGUAGCCACCCCAAAGAAACAGGCGCAACCUUUGGGGGAUAAACCUGCCCACAAGCGCAAGGGAAAAGGAAGGCGCAACUACCUGCACAGGAAGAAGAUGGAGCAGGAAAGGACGGGGGGGGGCGCUUGCGCUGCAACAAGUGACAGGCCCAUCUGUCUUGAAGUUGGGCCCGUCGGUCUAGGGUUUGGGCAAAUGGCCCCAGUGCAUAAGGUAAAGCUCCCAAGAGCUUGCGGGGGGGAAAAACUGAAGGAGAAAGCUGGGGCGAGGCUCGUCAUUUUCGGCGUUGUAGUCUCUGCACAGGCUGGAGACCAACAGGGGGGGAAGGCGUUGACACGGUUCCCAGUGCUGACUCGACGAAGCUACACACUGGAGAGAUAUGAGGCGAGGGCACUGAUUGACCGCCGAGCGGUGGGCAAAUAUUGCCGAGCCAACGGGUGAAGGCCUAGAGCUGCACGGCAUGAGGCAGAUGGGGGACCUGGCUGGGGUGUGUGUGGUGGCGCUGGGCAUGGAAGAAGUGCGCCGCGCUUCCCCGCUAGGGCAGCUGAAGGAGGUGGGAACGACUGAAAGCGCAGCGGCGUGAAAGCUGACGGAAAAAAGACGGAUGGCCUGUCCACGACGAUGACAGUGGACCCGGGCCGCCGCUUGGAUUUUGCUCGGCCAGACAGUCGGGUCGCUGCCACCCCCCGCGCCCACAUGCAGCGCCAUGGCUUGAGGACUGCCUGACCCCUACGCACAGGCCGCGCGCCUGUCAGCAUUGACCGCGCGGCGGAUCUGGGUCGAACUCUGCAAAGUGGCCCCAGGUGUUAGAGGGUGGGCCUGUGUCCAGAGUCUCGGCUAUUGUGCUUCCUUGGUUUCUGCCACUCGACCCGCCUCUACUUCGCAGAUGAGGGCCAGGGGCUGAGCAGUUCAGACAGCCAACUCGAGGGACCUCGCCAAAACUUCCCUUGUCACGGCGUGCGGUGAAGUUUCCGCGCCAUGUUUUUUCUGUGUCAUAAGUUUCUUCUUCUUGACAGCGGUAGGCCCUAGCUUCGGGCCAGCCUGCGACAGUGCAGCGGGUGGCGCUCUUCCUCUUCAGAGUCAAGAUGUACGACUAUGAUCAAAAACUUUCAAAUUUUUCAACAUGAUGGGGGGCUCUCGGUCUCGGGCAGCUCUUUCACAUGCGUAACAAUUUUCAGCCUCCUCGCCCACCUGCGGGAUUUUUAUCUCCGAACAGAAGCGAGCAGAACCGUGACCAUAUCACAGCUGCAGCAUGUAUCUCCGCACCCUUAUCGGCGUGCCGUUUUUCAGCAAGCGCCUCCGACUUUCAAGCACUACGCAUGACGAGAAUCAUUAGCGAGCAGGCUAAGUAAUAGCUAGAAGCGUCGCGCUGGUCUCUUUGUCGAGGGUGGCGCAGUGGUCUUUCGUGACAGUGUCACGGCCACCAGCAUCAGAGGCAACGCCUUCGGCUUUCUCAGCUAGCUUGUGGCCGUGUUUUAUUGCUUUGUUUGGCGGCUUUUCAGCUCCUGACUUGCUUCGGCUUUGGACAUCGCUGGCGCCUGGGGGUUGGUGUCACGUUGUGGCGCCUGGUGGCGCUCCUCUUUUGUCUGGAGUCGAAGCGGCUGCGCGGCUUCUCGUAUUUUUUCAAAACAUUUCUGGCGCAUUGCCCUCGGGUAGUGUUGUCACAUUUGAAAUUUUCAAGACUUCUUUGCGGUCUUUUGGAGCCCAUUCAAGACAAGCGUGCGGGCUACUGCGUGCUCGGACUUCAGAGGGGGCCCCUUCCCUUCGCGGACCUUCUUGCCCCGUGCUCGCAAAGAGCUAACAUCUUUGGGCAAUCAGUCAACGCGUAGGGCAUCUUUUUCAAACGCAACCAGCACGCCGCCGGGUGCUGGCUCUUCAUAGAUUUGCGUCGCCUUGGCGCAACUUCUGGCGACAGGUGUGCACUCGGCAUGCUAUAGGUGGUGGCAUGCUGUGCCUUUCGAUCGUUAUGGGCUCGCAGCGUCGCGGCUUCUUUGCUGCGAUGGUGCUCUGGGUGAGCUGUCUUCCUAUAUAUCAGAGGGCGAGCCGAUUUUUGUCCCCAGCAUGGUCAGGCCUGUCCUGGGUGGCUAGGUUGCAGCGGGGACUCUUAUUCCGGUCGGGCAGACAUCUUGUGGGGCAAUGGGUCUAGUUGGUGAAUUUAUCGCAGCGGCCCGAGAUCUGACGUGAGCGCUUCUCUUUGAGGCCAUUGCCAUUGCGGCCCCGUCGCUUUGCUAGAGGUUGCCCGGCUUGGCACCAUUUGACGGAUGGGCGUGUAUUGUCAUCCGCUUCGGCCAGAAAAGGUGGGCAUGGUGAUCUACCUUACCACGCCGCUCGCUGGUUUGGGUUGGUUUUGAGAUUUGCAUGAGUCGCCUCAUCGUAAAAACCGCCCCCGCGAUUGAAGCGCGUGCGGCGCAUUCAGGCGACCGACGACUUUCGCGAAGCAGUGGCACUUGGGACGGCAUCGGCAGAAUUGUUGUCGCAGUUAGUGGGUAUGCUUAGCCCUGCUGCCUUUGUCGUUCGGAUGGGCCGCGUGUUUCUGCGUUCGGCUUACGACGCGACUAGCGAAGCGAACCCAUCGGGCGCCCUGGGGCAUUGGCAGAAAGGUCGGCGGCCCGCGGUGUUAGAAAUGUGGCCUGGAGUGGUGGCGUGAGAUGUUUGAGAACGGUCCAGGGGCGCCGACUCAUGUCGCGAAGUCGGGGGCUGCGGGCGUUCCUCUUUGCCUCGGGCCUCUUUCCCUUGACAGCCGACGGACCUCGCUCCCUCUCGUAGGAGAUUUAGGCGAAGGGGUUGGCGACUGGCGACGCGUCCGGCACCGGUUGGGGUGCGCAGUUAGAUGGCGACAGAAUGGAGCUCGCAGGUCGGUCCACCCUUUUCGGCCUUUCGCAGGUGCCCUCGAACAUGAGGGGAAUCGUGCUCAUUUGCGCGCCCCUUUCCAUCCCGGCCGUGGCGGUCCAGCUGGGGCUGGGGCUUUUGCUGUAUAGUAUCGCACUGACAGCGCGACGGCGUGGCAUUUUUGCGCGAACUUCGGAGGAGGGAACGGUGAGAGGCUUACGGCCAUGGCUAUGGGAAUCUUGGUGGAAGUGUCUGGGCUUGGUUUUUCCUUAAAAUCUCCUCCCACCUGGUGCGUCGCGCGCGCAACGUGAUUGCGGACGUGUUGCCUCGCCUUUUGCUGACCUCCGUGCUGCGUGACCCGUGUCCGGCUAAGAUUUUGCACGGGCGUGGGGCUAACUAACUUCAUUAGGCAGGUUUAGAACUAUACCAGUGCCCUUCGUGCUAAUGGAGUUACGGCUCAAGCAGUGUCCAUGGCGUGGCUUCUGUGUUCUCCUCGUCGUCGCUGGUGGAAGCGGGUGAGUGGGAAAGUCCACUAACUCGCUGCUCGCCAGCUGACUUGGGCCAUGAGCCAAAAACAGCGAAGUGCCACCCUUCCCACCCUUGAUUAGUUUUCGUUCCGUAAUCCGUUGGUCUGCUAGAUAGUUCUGAGGUGAGUUGACCAACUGUUGUUGUGUUUGACCGGAGCUUGGUGGUGUGGGAUGUGUAUUCAUGACGAUCACAACUGCACCCUCCGAAGCGAUGACCUUGGCUUCGUCGGGCGCUUCCCUUUUGCGGGUCUCUCCCGUCCUAUCCGGGGCACUUCAAGAGCCAUCUCGCCAAAGGGCUUGAGUCUAACUUCAUGUAGAUGCGCAGGCCCGAGACGUGCGACAACAGGACCAAAACGUGCGACAAUUUGAGAGCCUUCUCGAAUCCGUACGGGUUGAGUCGAGUGGCGUGGCGAAUCGAUUGCGACCGAUAA